UGAGCGGCUCCACAUCAACGACAGCAACUCAAUAACUGCUCGCUUAGGUUGAAUUAUUUUUUAUUUCUACAUUUUGACAAUGAAGCCGUCGCCAGAAAACAGCUUUCAAAUCGCCGUCACUAUGGACAGAUGCGGCGUCAUGUGCAAAUACAUGCUCCUCGUUUUCAACAUCAUCCUGACGGUUUUGGGGUUCGCGUCUUUAGUGUUUGGCCUGUGGCUGAAUUUCCAAAACAACAGCAGAGACAUGUUCAGCGUAAACGAGGACAACAAAAGCAUGGACUCAAACGUCUUUCGCAUAGUCGUCUACAUCCUGGUGAUCCUUGGCUCGGUGAUGGUGGCUUUGGGGAUUUUUGGAGAGUAUGCUGCCUGCAACGACAGUAAAAUUGCUCUCCAAGUGUUCUGCGUCUUCCUCUUCCUCCUGGCUGCAGCUGCAAUCGCCGUAGGAGCGCUUGCUUAUAGCAGCAAGGACACGGUUGGAAAGAAGUUUGGAGAGUUGUACAGCGACAUACAUAAACUCUACGAGAAGAACAAAGACGAAACGGUGGCUGCUACUCUCAGAGUCGUCCAUGAUUUGCUCCAGUGCUGCGGAUCGGCCGGAGUCCAUUUGACCGAGUUGGUUAAGAAGACUUGCCCAAAGGCGAGGCCUGGCAAUCUGCCGAAAUGCCAAGAGAGCAUCGAACGUUUCAUUGACCAAAGUGCUCCGUUGGUGACUGCCGCCUUCGUUGGAACCGGAGCUCUUUUGAUCACACAAGUCGUCUGCGCCGCCCUGUUCAGUUCAAAGAUUCAGCGGGGCUGUGAAGAGAGCUUGUAGUUUUCAUCUUUACGGGACAAUCCUCCGACUGGCUUCUGUAAUUGUGCAGCGAGAUGGAAACCUAAGAGUCGACAUGAACAUCCUCCCACCGCCUAUUGCCGCUGUAAUGCUGCAGUUUCCUGAAUCACAAGGCUGCAGUGAAGGCAGCUUCAGGACGUCCUGCAAAUGCGUCCAACAGAGGUCCACCGACUUUUAAGGCUCGCACUACAGAAUCAUGACGCCAAGACGAGAAACGCUGGCAGCGCUUGUGAUAAGGGCCAAAAACGAAGUAGUUUCUGAUCGAGAAACGCCAAGAAAAGACCGACGACCUGCUAAAGUAUAAGGACGGAGAGUCGAGAGCUGGUGCAGACUUCCUGUUGAAUGCAUCAGAUUUUUGGUAAAAUAAAAAAAAAGUUUAGAAAUUUUGCCAUAGAUAAAAUGGGUGGAUUAAAAAAAAAGAAAAAAAAGAUUCUACUUUAGGAUCAACUUCUUCCAGCCAAGUCUGGGAAAGAUCCAGUGGAAGUAACAAAUCCCAAGAACAGAGAAGGUUCAGGACUGUUCCAGAGUCGCCUUCUGGAGUUCUCAAUACUUUGUGUUCAUUUAAAAUAUAAAGUUCACCAGUUUGCCCUCUACAUUCUAUCAUACAUCAGUAUGUCAUUAUUAUUGUCCUCUUAGGGAAGUUUCCUUGCAGCAAGGUCAGAGGAAAGGAAAAAAACAUUGGCAAAACAGUUAAAAGUUUAUGUACAAAUAUCAAUAAAAACCCAAUUAGGACAGUGUCUUUUUGUAGAAGUUUUUAAAAAGGCUUCUACUAAAUCAGGUCAUCUAAAGCCUGUAACUUUGUUGGCUACUUUUACAAUUUGAUCCUGUUCUCGUCUCUGAAACCGCCAACCCAGGUGACUAAAGCGAGAACGGAUCCAGAGUUACAGACAUGGGUCAUCCAUUUGGAGCUGUAGUCUCUAAAAAAACGAUCCAAAAACUGUUCAUAUAAAUGUCAGCAUGGGAGCAUGUGGUUCUCCCUACACUGUGGCUCAACAGGCAGAAAUUAAAACUGUAAUUUGAAGUAAUCAGCCGAUUUCAGAACAUGAUCCGAGCCGUUUGGCUGCAACUGCAAAGCCUGAAAACUGUAAAGUCUUUGUGAACUGAAAGUUUUCAUUGUGUAAAUGUGCAAACAAAUGUAGUGGCGUGUUGAUGCUGGAACAAAGGAACCACUGUGGCAUGCCGUUAUUAGAAUCGGGGCGGAGAACUCAUCUGUUUAAAAGCAUUUUUACUUUGAACGUCCCAUCAUUUUACGCCAACUUUUAUGAGUCAAUUAUGUUGCUUUGUUUCUUAGAGAUGACCUUUGUGUGACCUGAGAGGCACAUUUAAAAUAAAAUGUAUUUUUGUUGAUAUGUAAAUGUUGCAAACAAACUUCAAACGUUUCAAUAACUUGUAAUAAGUGAGGGUAUUUCUAUGUACACACCUUGUUCCUACACUAAACUUUUUAAAAGUGCAAGGAGCCCCUAAGCUUUUCAUAAAAAUUAUAUUUUACGUUUUACUUUUGUUUCAAGGGUAACACGACUGUCAAGGAAAGUUGAAUUAUGUCCAGAUUUGGUUGUUUUCUGCCCCCUCAAAACAGAGAAUUUGUACACAUUUUUUGA